AAACUACCAAAGCAUAGCCUCUCUCUCUCUCUCUCUUUCACGCUCCUCCUCUUCCUUUACUCUUCCCUUCUCUUUCUUCGCUGUCGUCUUUUGCCCUUUAUAAGCACUCGCCCAGUACUAUUGUGCUCAUCAUCAGCUUCGUCUCAAGCGUUGCGCCAACAUUUCCGCUGGGGAUUCUAACCAGAACAUGCAAUUUUGGUGAAAAGAAUCUAAUGGGAAUUUUGGAGUUGAGGUUGUUCCCUUGUUUUACUCUGGUUCUGACUGUGCUGUUUUACGUACCAUUUUCCCAUGGUUACACAUAUGAACAAGAUGUUUAUGCCAUAAAUUACCUUUAUGUUGCGCUGGGCCUCCCUCCGCUUCCUGAAUGGACUUCACUUGGGGGAGACCCCUGCAAUGAUGGCUGGCAAGGAGUUGAGUGCGUCAACUCAAACAUUACGGCAAUAAUACUCAAUGGCGCAAAUUUGGGAGGAGAAUUGGGUGAUCAGUUAGCAAAUUUUACUUCGUUGAUAACAAUGGACCUGAGCAAUAACCAAAUUGGUGGCAGUAUACCAGAGGGCUUACCUAUUACGAUAAGGAAGUUUUUUCUUUCAGACAAUCAGUUAAAAGGAAGCAUCCCGGGCUCACUAUCUGAACUGACACUUUUAUCGGACAUGUCACUGAAUAACAAUCUCUUGUCCGGGGAAUUGCCUGAUGCUUUCCAGACUCUCACUGGACUCAUAAACUUGGAUCUCUCUUAUAACAAUUUGACCGGCAAACUUCCGCCAUCUAUGGAGAGUUUGUCCUCUCUCACUACAUUGCACAUCCAGAAUAAUCAACUAUCUGGCACCCUUGAUGUCUUGCAAGAUCUUCCUCUACAAGAUUUGAAUGUAGAAAAUAAUAUGUUCUCAGGACCAAUCCCAACAAAUCUUUUUAAUAUUCCUAAUUUCAAGAAGGAUGGUAAUCCAUUCAAUACCAGUAUUGCUCCUUCACCACUUCCAACCCCACCAACGACAUUGCCUUUUUUUCAAGCACCUGCUCCUGUAAUCAUGCCUGCCAACUCUUCCGAAGGUCCUACUCAGAAUGAUGGCCUAUCUUUGGAUAAUAACAAAAUUUCAAUAGUAAAAGUUGUUGGAUACGUGGGUGCUGGUGUGAUUAUGCUAAUCAUUUUAGUGCUAGUGGUAAUACUUUGUAUAUCAAAGUGGCAACAAAAUAAACGGAACAAUGAAGAAGAUCAUAAACAGCAGGAUAUCAGGAGACAUGGAAGACCAGAGGAGCCUCAGAUAAGUACUGAUUUUAACAGACUCCAUAGAGGAGGGGAAGCAGUUCUUGGAGAGCCAACUAAAAGGCAGGAUUGCAGUUUUAAUAUUCAAGGGACUAGGGCACCUCUGAUGCCACCACUUGUCGAAAAAAACACUGUGAAACCCAUUGUUACAGAUGAAAGGAAUCCGACUGUAAUUCUGAAUCCUCCAACUUCUCUAGCUUCUUUUUCUGUUUCUUCACUUCAACAAUUCACAAACAGCUUUAGUGAGGAGAACUUGAUUCGAGAUGGUAGAUUUGGCCAAGUAUAUCUAGCAGAAUUCCCACAGGGCAAGCUAUUUGCAGUUUUGAAGCUUGACAAUAAGAAUUCAAAUCUUCCAGUCGAUGAAUUUUUGAAGUUAAUUAAGAGCAUCUCAGAGAUUCGACAUCCAAAUAUCGUUGAGCUUGUUGGUUACUGUAUGGACUUUGGCCAACAGUUACUCAUUUAUAAUUACUUCAGUAACACAAGCCUAUAUGAUAUACUCCACAAUGACUGUGAUCUCAAGAGAAAACUACCAUGGAAUGCUCGGAUCCAGAUAGCACUGGAAGCUGCAAAAGCUCUUGGGUAUCUCCAUGAGGGUUGCCAACCACCUAUUGUGCAUCAAAGAUUUGAGCCAAGAAACAUCCUCAUUAAUGAUGAUCUAGCAGUCCAGGUUUCUGAAUGUGGCCUAAAUUCACUACUACCAUUGGAUUUUGUUACUCAGUUGUCAGGCAGAGAAACCUCUUUAUUCUGUUACGAUGCUCCAGAAGUCAGUGACUCGGGCUAUUAUAGUGAGAAAAGUGAUGUCCACAGCUUUGGAAUUGUUAUGUUAGAACUCCUUACUGGGCGCAAGCCCUUUGACAGCUCACUUCCUCGAGCGGAGCAACAUCUUGUGCGGUGGGCUAGCUCACAGCUUCAUGAUAUUGAUGCACUGAGAAGAAUGAUGGAUCCUUCCAUUGGACAAUUUCCUGUAAGAUCACUCUCAAGAUUUGCAGACAUUAUUAGCCGUUGUACACAGCAAGAGCCAGAGUACAGGCCACCAAUGUCGGAGGUUGUCCAAGACCUUGCUCGCGUAUUUGAAACGCAAGUAUGAGAGCUAACGGAGAACAUUCACUCUCUGCUCGUCAACAUGGCUCGAACGAAUCCAGCAGAGUGUUUUACUAGCUAAUUGUGUGUGUAUGUGUGUGUGUUUUGCCAACAAUUUAUUAUGUCUACAAUUGUAAAGGUUUUGGGUUGAGAUAAGUAGACAUCAACCAGACUACCUGACAUAUUCUUUUGCUAUUCUUUGGAGACAUUUUACUUGAUGUUGGUCAUUGAUGUUGCAAUUUCAUUCUCUUGUUUGUCACUCAA